AUGAUGUGUGCUGCCCAGAGUCCAACACUGGUGUCCAAACUUGAAGCCCUGCAGUGCCACUUCAAAUGGGAUCUUGACAUCAGUACGUCCUUACUUAGUCAUCGCAAGUACUACCUGGAGGACAUUGGCACCAAUGAUGGAAACCCCUGGCUGGGUCACAUCUACAACCUGCUAGGGUUCAUUCAGUACAAGCUGGGAUCCAAUGAAGAAGCCCAGAAGUUCUUCAACAAGGCUACAGAGGCCUUCAGCCGGAUAAGAAGUGCAGGUGAGGGCCCCUGGUUAGUGGUGAACUACGGGAACCUGGCUUGGCUGCACCACCACCUGGGAGACCAAGCAGGAAGUGAGGCCUACCUGUCUAAGAUCGACACCCUGAUUAAAAAAUACCCUUCUCCAUCCCAGGAGGAGCUCCACCCGGAGACCUACGCUCAAAAAGCCUAUGCGCUGAUGACGGUCAGUGGAGACAAAACACUUGUUGGAGAUAACUUCCAGAGAGCCAUCGAGAUGCAGCCAGGCAUACGAGAGUGGAACACUAGCCAUGCCUUAGCCUUAAUGUAUGCUUCUAAGCACAACAGGACAGGGCUGGAAGAUGACAUCUUGGAGAAAAUGAGAAUUGCCCAAGAACAGGAUCCAGAGAACUUGUACCUUGCUGCUCAAUACCUUGAUCAACGUGCUCAGAGAGGAGAAAGAAUAGAAGCUGAAGCACGUGAGUUAGCCACAAAGGUUUUGAGAAGUCCUGUCAGCAGCUACAGUGGUUUAAAACCAUUGCUCAGGCUUUACACAAAGUAUAUAUCUGUUGAUGAGGCCAUCGUUUUGGCAGAGAAGGCUCUGAAGAACCAUCCAGAUGAGCGUUAUCUGAAGAGAUGUGCUGCACGCUGCUACAAUUGGAAGAUCUUUGGUGACAAGUACAGUCGUCCAAAGCAAGACAUAAUAGCCAGAGCAAUCCUUCUCCUUGAGGAGGUGAUUGAUCUUUACCCUGAUUCCUCAUUUAGGAAGAAAAUAGACCUUGCUCAGAUAUACGCACUGCCACAUGAUGGUCAGGCUAAAGCUGAUCAGAUCUAUCAGGUACUGCUAGAAAGUGAUCUGGAACUUGCAGACAAACAAAUGCUUUACAACAACUAUGCAAAAUAUUUAUAUUUCCACAAACACAAUAUCAACAUGUCAAUACAAUAUCACAUGAAGGCAGCAGAGAUACCGCACCAAUCCUUCUUUCGUAAGAACAGCAUCAAAGAACUGGAGAAGAGUAGAGACAGAGGCAGGGACAGCAUGUGCGGAGAAAUAAGGGAUUUUCUGGCAAACCUGAAAGAGCCGUAG